GCAUAUACAACUACAACUUCAACAUACAGGACUUAUACACAUUCACUCGUUUAUACUCCUCAAAGUAACCAGCUCGUUACAUCCUUUAUUAUAAGGACAGAAAGCAAAAUGCCACCAAUCCGCACAACACGCAACGCGAAACCUCCCCCGGCAGGCUUCGACGACAUCGAAGACACCCUCCUAGAGUUCAGCAACAAAAUGAAAGAUGCCGAGAAUGUAUCUCAUGAAGGAAAGAAGAGGCAUGAAGUGUUGUGGCCUAUAUUUCAAAUAAGUCAUCAGCGAUCCCGAUACAUUUACGAACUCUACUACGAGAAAGAAGCAAUCUCAAAACAGUUGUAUGACUGGCUCUUGAAAAAUAAGUAUGCGGAUGCAAUGUUGAUUGCAAAAUGGAAGAAACAAGGUUAUGAAAAGCUAUGUUGCCUCCGAUGCAUCCAGACAAAAGAGACCAAUUUUAAUUCCACGUGUAUCUGUCGAGUGCCCAAAGCGCAACUCAAGGAGGAGCAGGCGAUACAGUGUGUUAGUUGUGGGUGUAGAGGGUGUUCGAGCAGUGAUUGAUUCUUUCUGUGGGCUGUUUGGCAAGACUAUAGGGUGUUGGCGCGUUCCUUUCUUUCUACUGGUCCUUUUUACUACUUCAUAUGUAUUAUGAUUACUUGAACUAGCAUGAUGAUAUGAUACCCAUGGAUUUACUUUUUUUGACAAUACAAAUUA